AUGUGGGACAUCGGGUGUCUUUUUCUCGUCCUUCUCAGCUGGACGGCAGGAGAUCACUUCAUGGGUGGGACCAUAUCCUAUCGCGUGCUGAUGGACAUAUCAACGCCAGAUAGUAUAUCGGUGUUGUUCACAUUCAAGUUUGCAUCUAAGAGAUCAACAGAAGAUUUCUGUGACAAAACGACUAUCGAAAGUGGUCAACUGAUUGGAGAAGACAAUGACGACGAUGACUUUUGGUUUUGCAACGAAUGCCCUCCAUCAGUCUCAAAAAACAUAACCCAUGGCGGCACAGUCCCUGAAUUUCUCACUCCGCUUUCUCGGACUCUCUAUCAGUGCACUAGCUUUAGCAUUGAGGACGAUUGGACAGCUGGGGAAAACACAUUCAUUGCAACAUUUCCAGCAGGUGGCAACUAUGAAAUAGUACAUGCCGAGUGCUGUUUUAUACGAGGACUUUCAGUUUCUGGCAACUGCACUACGGUACCGCCGGGGUUCGGUGACGAUGAUUUUUUUUGUGGGUGUGGAUUUAUAGUCUGCGGCAGUGGACUUUAUACCGACGAUCUAUACUACAGCUUUCUCCUUGGAAUGGAUUUAGCUAUCGUAGACCAAUUUGGUGUAAUAAACUCGUCACCGAUUGCUGCAUCAGUACCGUUGCUAAGACUAAGGGCAGGCUGCAGUUAUGCAAUACCAAUACACAUCGACGACCCUGAUGGCAAUCCCACUGCAUGCAGAAGAGCAGAAGCAGAAGAAUUCGAAUGUGAUUCAGCCUGUGACACUGGCUUAAACUUGGACAUCGACACUACACCUGGAACACCUUGUGUACUUCGUCUGACACCAUUGCGUAUGCAUCCUGGACUCCAUCCAGUUGCCCUUACAAUCGGUGAUUUUAAUGAAACUCAAAGAGAAACGUUCAUCAGGACUCAACAUGCCAUUGCCGACACCAUUAUACCUUUGAAGUUCAUUGUUGAUGUUGUGCACGGAUUUGGCUUUCGUUGUGGAGCUCAUGUUGCUUUCAGAAAAGGAACAUUGAAAGGAGGAACAUGCAACCCUAUUCCAUUCAGCUCAACUUUCACAACUACGAUAUACAUUGAAGAGGAGCCAUGCAGUCGAUUGGUGGAUGUUGUUAUUGUUGGUCCACUUGGCGUUCGAAAGUCAAACAUUACAGGAUAUGGUAUCUACAAAAAAGUGACAGUUACAUGGACACCAAUCAUGCCAAAGCAAGAAGGAAUGCACAUACUCUGCUUUCAAGCUAUGGAUGACUUUGGAAUGUACACAGAACAACGUUGUGUAACACUACUAGUUGGAGCAAGUGCUCCCAAAGUUGUGCCCCAUACAGCAUCAUUCAAUGACUCCGGAGAAAUACCAUUCAACGAAACUCAAUUCACUAUUAAAUUUGAUAAAGAGAUUCGCCGUCCAAACAUACAUCGCUAUAUCAAGAUAUUAAAAAUCAGCAAUGACCACAACAACCUCAACAACACAUUUGUUUCAAUCGACACGUCUACAUCCAAUCUCAUCAAUAUAACUUUCAACAAUCUAACCAUCUACCUACCUGACAACGCAUCCUUGGAAAGACAUGCAACGUAUCUAAUAAUUAUGGAAGAAGGGUCAGUUGUUGGUUUUCCCUACUGCAUUGGAGGAGGCCCUCCAUUUGUCGGAUUAGACAACUGGAUAUUUACAGCAGUUCCUUUGAAUAUAUGUGGAGAUGCAUACGUUGACUUGGUCGAUGACUGUGAUGAUGGCAACAGUGUUAGUGGUGACGGAUGUAGUUACAACUGCACAAUAGAAUUUGCAUAUCGCUGCAACAAAACUGCAAGUGGAACAAGCAUUUGUAUCCGCAAUGAGUGUGGAGAUGGCAUAGUGUUUGAACCUGAAGAACAAUGUGAUGAUUCCAAUUUGAAUGCAGAAGACGGAUGCAAUAGCAAUUGUACCGUUGAACCUGGUUACCGAUGUGAAACUCAAGACACAGGUACAAGCACGUGCAUCAAUCUAUGUAGCAACGGAAUUCUAGACUCCACGGUUGAAGAAUGUGAUAAUGGAAUCAAUGCCAUUCGUGAUGGCUGCAGUGACACAAACUGCCAAAUUCUGCCACUCUGGAAUUGUACAUCAAAUUUUGGAAAUCGCAGUGAAUGUGAACACGUAACCAUUGACUUCGACAGCAGCAACCCCUCAACACUCGAUCUUACCGUAAAUUUCACAAAAUCAGGUGAACCAGUAUUUAUUGCUGAUCCCGAUAUUAUUGAUACAAGCAACUACAACACCACAAACUGGAUGGCUGUUGUCUUCAACCUAACUGGCAUCAUGUCAACCUUAACUGAAAACGUGGUAUACAGACCUACUAUAUCUCUAGUUGCAAAUCGAAUAACAGUUGAGCAGCUGCUGGCUCUGACAGUAAGUGAAACACCAGGAAAUGCAAUUGGUCAAGUGAGCUUUGCUACAAACAUUCUGACUAGACCACCAGACACACCUGUAAAUCUGACCCACGUCCUACUGUCAGUUGUCUACGAAGUCAGAAAUCCUGAUUUUUCCCCAAGACAAAUUUCUGUAAAAGUAUAUGACAAUUACAACAUUGCUGGACUUGAAGCAAUUAUAACUUUGCAAUACUUUGGAGAAAACUCAAACCCACCAUCUCUGCAAGCAUUUGGAGCUGUUCAAUUUGUGGAAAAGUCUAUUGAUCCUGUUGAGCUUGGACAAGUAAACAUCAGUGAUCCAGACCAUGAAAUCUAUGAAAUGCAAUCAGCUACAAUCAAAAUAUCAGCAUCAGAUGUUUCUCAGAAUGAGAUGAUCAAUUUGACUGUGACCAGCACAGUCAUCACAGUUCAAUACAACGGAACAACCGGUACACUACAUUUACAAGGUAGUGCUCCGCCUGCUGAGUACCAGAGCCUAAUGAGCAGUGCUACUUACUUCAUAUGGGGUGAGGUUGGACGAUUGCAACCUCGUUCUAUUAUCUAUACAAUUAAUGAUGGACUACAUUCAGCACACUCUUCCCGAGAACUUAUCCUAAUUGUUGUUAACGAUCCACCAACACUGACAAUCACAUCUGACAGUAUAACCUACACUGAAGGAGAUGAACCUACCCUUCUACCAACAACUGCAGCAUUUGAACCAGACAGUGGAAUCAUUGAAAAGUAUUGCUUCAUGUUUCAGUUAAGUGUAUUAGAAUAA